AUGCCGCCAUUUGUCCCACGCAAGCGGCUUCGGGAUGACAGCCCCGCCGCUGGGGAAGCGCCCGAACCCGGAGCGAAAGGACAGUUGAGGAGGUCAACGAGAUCCAAAAAGCUGACAGCACCGCCUCGCAACGCAACUCUGUUCGAUGAUCUCGAUGCCGCUUUGACUCCGCGGCAUUCAACACGAAGCGGAGAGUCCACAACACGACUGGACGAGAGCGAAGAUGAGGAGAGCUCCUUGACUUCCCUGUCUGACGCGGACUUUGAAGAUGUCCCGGUUGCCAAACGACAGAAGGUCGAGGAGACUGCUUCCCAGGGGGAUGAUGACGACGAAGACGAGGAUAUCGAAUUCGAAGAUGUUGAGACCCCUCAGGUUGCAACUGCCCCUGACGUCCCUGUUUCUGAAGAAAACCUUGAGUUAACCCUCGUCCGGGACACGAGGAUUUCGUUGGCUGCAGCAUUGGGCAAGAAAGGGCCGACGAAGACUGAGAGGAAGAUGCGCACGGCGGCCCAUUGCAUUCAUGUUCAGCUCCUGCUAUGGCAUAAUGCAAUUCGCAACGCUUGGUGCUGCGACCCUACUGUUCAGGGGAUCAUGCUGUCACACCUACCCCCUAGAUUGUGGGCUGAAGUGGAAAAGUGGAGGAAGAAAAGUGGCCUCGAGGCAGAAGAAGAGACCCCUUCAAAGCGCACGAGGUCGAAAACAGAUCUAAAGGGAACGGGCAGGGCCUCAGCACGCCAGCCCCGGGAAUGGAGUUCAGCAUCCCGCCGCCUGGAGCAGGGUACCGUGGAUAUAAGCCAUGGCGACCCCCUCUUCAGGCUGAUGAAGUAUCUCGCUGCCUGGUGGAAACAACGGUUCCGUGUCACGGCCCCAGGGCUACGGAAGUGGGGAUACAUGCCCCUCCAAAGAUUGGAUCUCUUGAUCAAAGACUUCAAACAGGGACCGCAUAACCCUGAGAAAUUUGGCGAGCGCAUCCGCAAUUUGGAGGAGUUUCGGCAGUGCGCUCAAGAGUGUGCUGGCAGUCGGGACGUUGGGGCACAGCUGUUUACAGCUCUUUUGAGGGCUCUGGGUCUUGAAGCCCGCCUUGUUGCUAGUCUUCAACCCCUGGGGUUCGGUUGGACAAAGCUGGAAGAAGCAGACCCGGAGAGGGACCCAGUUCCUACCCGGGCAACCUCUCAGAACGACUCAGUGGAGACCGAAUUUGAAGAAGCCGUGGCCAAAGGCAAAAAGCCGGUAAAAGGUCGUCCCGCCAGGCGUAGCUCCAGGCUAGCGCGCUUGGAAGAGACCUCUGAUUCCGAGCUUCAUCUUGAGGACAGCGACGAUGAGCUUGCGGUUGACUUAUCGCCUCCUCCCGAGAGACAAGGGAAGGUCUACGAUGCAGAUCUGGAGUACCCUCACUAUUGGACAGAGGUGUUGUCACCUGUCACAAAGAAGUACCUCCCAGUCGACCCGAUUGUCAAAGGCGUGGUCGCAACCAACAGAGAACUUGUUGAGGGAUUUGAGCCCCGCGGUAGUCGUGCCGACAAGGCGAAGCAGGUCAUAGCUUACGUCGUAGGAUACUCCCAAGAUGGCACGGCCAAAGAUGUGACCGUCCGAUAUCUCAAGCGCCAGAUUCUUCCUGGCCGCACCAAGGGCAUGCGUUUGCCCAUAGAGAAGGUCCCCGUGUAUAACCGUUAUGGCAAGAUUAAGCGCUACGAUCAGGUUGACUGGUUCAAGAAAGUCAUGAGGGGUUAUUCCAGGGGAUCCGAGAAGUAUCCGAUAACAGAGGUUGACCAGGAAGAAGACGCGACUGACCUCAAACCAGCAAACCCUGAGAAGAAGGAAGUCAAAGAGGGAGAAGAAACCCUUCAGUAUUACAAACAAUCCAAAGAAUACGUCCUCGAGCGCCAUCUCAAGCGCGAAGAAGCUCUUCUCCCCACCGCCAAGCCAGUCAAGAUGUUCAGGACCAGCAAGUCCAAGAAUAGCGGUCCGGUGCAGGAAGAGCCCGUUUACCUGCGAAAGGAUGUUGUGCAAGUCAAGAGCAUGGAGACGUGGCAUAAGCAAGGCCGUGCGCCGAAACCGGGUGUGACACCUCUGAAGUGGGUUCCGUACCGCGCGGCUACCACAAACAGGCGGCGCGAAAUCGCGGAGGCCGAGGCAGCCACGGGGGAGAAGGUGCUGCAGCCGCUUUACAGUUACGAUCAAACCGAUUGGAUCAUCCCACCACCGAUCAAAGAUGGCAAGAUUCCCAAGAACGAGUAUGGCAACAUCGACCUGUUUGUGGAACACAUGUGCCCUAAGGGCGCGGUGCAUGUGCCAUACCGCGGCGCCUUACGCGUGGCGAAACGACUGGGGAUUGAUUACGCUGAGGCAGUUGUGGACUUUGAAUUUGGCCACCGCAUGGCUGUGCCGGUUAUCCAGGGCGUGGUUAUCGCCGAGGAGCAUUAUGAGAGGGUAAUGGAAGAGCUAGCUAGAGACGAGGCGGAGAGAAAGAGGAAAGAGGAUGAGAAGCGUCGAAAAGCUGCGCUCUCGAUGUGGCGAAGAUUCAUUAUGGGCAUGCGGAUUGUCCAAAGAAUUCGCCAGGAAUAUGGCGAUGUCGGUGAGGAUGUGGACGUCUUUGGCCGUGACGAUACUAAGUCAAGGGGACUUGGGCAGGCCGCUGAGCACAAUGCCGGGACUGCGGAGGAUGAAGAGAUGGCCGGCGGAUUUUUGCCAGAAGGGUGCGAGGAAGAAGAGGACGACGACGGAGGACACAGGGCGUACCAGAGAUCUGGAUUUUUCCCUGUUGGCGGCGAUGAAGAUGAUGACGACGAUGGCGGGGAUGCGCUUGAAGUUGACCAUGGAGAGGGAAUGCAAGCGGUUGCACCAGCGGUUGCAAGUGAACCUUCACCAGAGCCGGAGCCGGAACCUGAGCCCGAAAAGGCACCCAAGAGAUCGGUCGUGAGUACACGGCCAACUCGUAAGAAAGUUGCGAAGCGCAGAGCAAAUACAACCCGGCGAAGGAGGAGGCGCAAAAAUGCCUCUCCAAGCUCUGAAGAGGAAGUUGAGGAUACGUACGAUGAGGACAGUCCGCUCUCGGGGUCGGAUGAAGAGUAG